CAUCAGCAGAACCAACACCAACGCACCGGGACGCUGCGACGGUGCGGAUCCCAAUGGCCUUGAAGGUGGGCGACAUGCGUGCGCAUGAGGUCUUCGUCGCCGAAAAUCUCUUGCGCCAGGUGCCGCCUGCAGUGCCGUCUGCCACCCAGGCCGCCGCUGCGCGGCGCCUGGCGGCCGCCGCCAGGGCUCAGGUGACCAAGAGCUCCCCAAAGGCACCCGCACCGCGCUACACCGCGCCGCGGCCCAUUCCGGUGUCCACCGCGUGCUAUCGCUCCUGCUUCCAGCCGCCCGUGCAGCAGGAAGCAGAUGCCUACUCCGAGGUCGAAGUGCCCUCUUGGAGCCGCCCACUGGAGGAACGACCAGGACCAGGUCGCUCGCCACGGUCUCCAGAGGCACCAGCCACAAGUGGCAGCGCUGCAAGUCCUAGCAUGGCGCGCCAAGCCCAGGUGCAGGUCGCCCACCAGGGCGUCGCCCGGGCGCCCACCAGCCCCUCCCUGGUGAGGGCCAACUCGGACGACCGCCACGAAAGCAGGUGUCUUGGCUCCCCACCACGGCUGCCCUCGCGAAGCGAUGACUACAGGACCCCGACUCGGGUGCCUUCCACGCAGCGCUUAAGUGAAAGGCGGAGCGAGGCGGUCGUGCGCACGCGGUCCAUCGACCUGGCGCGAUCGCCGUACCCAGGCGCGGAGCGUCUGGCUGCACGCCGGCCUCCUGCCGUGGCUUCAAGGCCAGUGGAGGACGACUGCGCGGAGUACUCCGAUCGCUUUUUGCCAGGCUACGAAAAAGAGCACCUUUUGGGCCGUGGUGCCUGUGCUGUGGUUUGGCUGGCCACGCCCACGCAUGAUCGGCGGAGACCCGUGGCCAUCAAACAGGUGGCUAAGGGGACCGCUGGGAAGAAGAAGUCCGAUACCGAGGCGGCUCGAAAGGAGAUCCUCUUCGGCUCCUACUUCUUUCACACGGGUGGUGAGCCCAAAGUUUCGCCCAAGAAGUGCCCAGGCAUUGCGCAUGUGGCCAAGCUGUUGGACUACGUCGAGACGAAGCGCGACAUUUGGCUCGUCAUGGAGUUUGGGGGGACCUCGCUGACCAAAAUGGCGUACGAGAUCAAAGGGGAGUUUCACCGCGGAGAGCGGCUCUACCGGGUCCUUCACCUGCCACUCUUGGAGCAGAUGAAGCGGGACGUCCGAGCGUUGAAGGCCGUCUUGCGCCAGCUCCUGUCCGCGCUCUGCUUGUUCGCGGACCACCGGGUGGUGCACUCCGACAUCAAGCCGGACAACAUCCUGGUCGACCAAGACGAGACGGGCGGCAUCCGGGUUCGAUUCAUCGACUUGGGCAGCGCCUUCUCGUUUGAGACCCCCGAGAGCUUGACGGUGGCCACGCCUGAGUACAUGCCCCACGAGGGCUUGGAAGUUUGUGCGGGUCGCAAUGGAGGUGGGGGAGCUACAGGAAAUCUCUCCACUUGGCCCACGCGUGGCCGAAGCAGUCUGGCGGCCCGGCUCACAGGCACCGGGCCGCCGUCCUCGACGAAGACGAGUUCCACGCCCAAAGCGGACGUGGAUUCCUUGAACCAAAAGUCCCAGCCCUGGUCCUUCGACAUGUGGUCCUUGGGAUCCAUUGUGCUGGAGAUGAGUCUCGGCACUCCGUUGUGGCUCUCCUACAAGUGCAGAGUUGCUUCGGACCAGCGCACCCCUGCCGGCUUUGGCCUCUUCGCGGUGCCAGGGCGAGACCCCGAGAAGAUCUUGCUGCGUCAGGCGGAUGCCGUCUGCCACAAGGGCUUGGCGCAAGUGCUGCGGAACGCGGCGGGUGUCCCUCUCGAUGGGGGUGGCACGAAGUCCGGCCUUGACUUGCUUGAGCAGAUGAUGGCCUGGGAUCCCAUGGCACGGAUCAGCCCCUACGAUGCUCUAGCGCAUCCCUGGCUCACAGAGGAUUGAUGUCGCAAGCCACCUGCGUGGCACCGAAUUGGAUGCGACGCGAUGAACGGCAACCUGUGGCAACCAUUGUGG